CAGAUUUGUGGCUAAUUUGUGGUAAGUUUAUAUAAUUUCACUUAAAAUGCCCUGUUCCCUAACCAGGUUUGUCAAGGAACAUACCGGUCGGUGAAAUUUGGCCCGUAAAAUGCGGCUAUUUGUGUGUUGAGUGAGCGAACAAAACGCACCGAGCGUCAUCUCCUAGCCAAGCAAUGGAGGGCGGACUGUUGCCGCAAGCCUGUACAGCCGCUAGAGGCUCCGUGACGGUCGGUUUUAUCAAUAAUCCGCCGAAUUACUAUUGCAACUCGCGUAUCAGUGUUGUUCCAUGUUCUGUGUAACGUGAAACGAAUGUGUUUAUGGUUAGGGAGGUGCGAUUUUAAUUAAUUGUGCCUUGAACCAGUUCGAUUAUAGCCUCCCAUAUGGAAUGUUGUGUUUUUUAUUUCUAUGGGACAACACAACUUGUGGGGAAGGUAACGUUUAAGCCCAUCGUCCAGAACAACUGGUUGAUGAUUUUUUAACCAUAUGAAACUAGGAUGUUUCGGUUAGAUCCGCCGUAGCGUAUCCUUCAUAUCGUUGCAAGUGUCUCAAUAUUUUAAUUCUGUCCAGGCGAACAGAUACGUGCGAAAUAUCAAUCGCUCGAUCUACCAAACUAUUAUCGAUCCUGCAUCUCUGUCAAGGGGGAAAUAGAUGAAGCCAGAGCCUUUUUCUAACCCAUCCUGAAACAUCUUACUCGUUGCCCAAUGUCUUAGGUCCUGUCCCAUGACUUCGACUACUUACUGUGUACAGUCUUGCGGUCCGUGGCGGUUAGCUGUUUGCUUGCCUGAUCAACUACUUCCUCGCAAAUCAAUCGGUUAAAAAGAUUGAUCCGUCGUUUUUUUCUUUUUCGAACGCUUAAAGUGCAGACAUUGAUAAACCGUUGUAAUCUUGUAAGUGGUGCUGGUAGUGAUGUCUAGUAAGGUCCACGUAGGGUCCGUUGUAUAGUUAAUGUAGAAUCGUUAUGUAGAAUGUUAUGUAAAUGUGUAAAGGUAAGUAAAGCUCCCACAACAUUUCUCCACACACUUGUGCACAUCAUAGACUGAAUCACUUGUCUUUAAAGCAUUCCUUACAUCGAAAUCUCUGUCUUCCAAUAAAAAAAAUCGUGUGUGCUACAUUGAGAAAUCAUUUGAGCUGAGACACUGCUGGGCGCAAUAAAACCUAUUAACUAUUUACUCCUUCUUUUCCACCUCUUCCUUUCAGAUUUUGUCACAAAAAGCGCCCGCGCGCUGCAAACUCAUGUACGGUAACGUGGAAUAAAUAAAACAAUCUCAAGAAUAGUUUCGUUCGAUUAUCACAUUCGUGUAACAGUAUUGUUGCUGUUAAGAAGGAAUUGCGAUAAGCUUUUUAAUUUUUCUGUCACGUCGGGUUAAAAUAUUUUAGCUGGUUCGACUUCGCGAAAAAAAGCGUACAAAGUUAUAGAAAGAGGUUAUAAGAAUGGUUCAGACGAUAGAGAAACAAUAACACGCUCGUAAAUCGAAAUGGUACACCUUCUCUUCGACUAUCCGUGAUCAGUGAUAUCCGUGUUCCAAGUGCGAGUGUUAAUAGACAGUGGUCUAAAGAAUCGUUUUCGGAUGAGGGAAGGGCCCGAUCGUGGGGAAGAACCGCUUAACAUUGUACACGGUUUUUAAUAAAGUCUAUCCCGGCGAAUUGAUCCCGAAAAGCUAAGGCAAGCAGGGCCUUAAACAUUCCGGUAAAGCGUCAGGGACUGCUAGAGACCGUGCGUGAUUGCCCAGAAAACAGGAUAAAGAGAAGAUCAGGAUAACCGACGGAAAACAUCGGAUCUACUAGUAGUGUUAAGCGCCGGCGUCGUCUCGAUCGCAUUGGUGGUUUCCAUACGAGAAAAUGGAUCUUGACAGUGCAAAUGAUAUCAUUAGUCCGGGUGAUACUGUAGCUCGAUCGAAGGUAAGUACUGACGACAUGUAAAAUGAUUCCUUUUGUGCAGGUGGCUAGGGUGGCUGAGAGGGAACUGUAGCCCCAAAGAAGUGCCCGCUAACACUGACAAACAAAACAGUUUUAACACACGUGCUCAUGAAUGGUGUUAUAUGGAGUGACCAACCAAGUGAUGAAAGUGUGUGCAUAUGAUUGAUGGCCUGUUUCAGCCAUAAGAAAAUAGUGCAACGAAAAAAGUGCCAUACGAUAUCAUCCAGUUCUUUUCUAUGUGCGGUUAAUCAACGAGAAUGUGCUUGCUUGUCGAGAGUCAUAAAGACAUUUUGGGACAGUUUGUUUUUGUACAAAGCAUUAAUGUUAUUUUGUUUCAUGUUCACUCCUUCAUUCCACAGUCGGAGACGGAUAUCGAGCAGCAUGUACUGGGCACGAAGGUUAAACUAUCCGAUGGCACCGAAGCCCUCGUGUUCAACCGUACGCCACGCAACAAAGACCUGCUGUUCGGGUACAGCUGCCACAUUUGUGGCGUGGCGUGUCUCUACGGUGAACGGAUGCUACAGAUUCACAUUGCUGGUCGUAAGCAUCAGGCCCGACUGAACGUGACCGUAUUUGAUGCCGAACAGUAUCGUGCUUCGCUUGUGACGAAACCGAAAGCCAACACUGCAUCAACUGAUACGAACUCCUCAGCCGGUGCAAUGGGUAUACUGGAGAAUGAAUCUUCAUCAUCAACGAAAACGUUGGCAAAGUUACAGAACGUACUGGAUGGAUACAGAGAUGGUCCGUUGGUGGGUUUGGAAUACAUCAUCGAGCUUACCGAUACGGCGUCCGGAAAUGAUCCGUUCUACAGCUGCAUUCUGUGCAACAUGCAUAACAACAACGAAAGCGGCAUUACCACGCACAUGAUCGGUUUGGGGCACCGGUUCAAAUUUCUGGAGAAACACUAUCCGUCGGUGCGUAAGAUACUGGCACCGUAUCGCAACAACAAUCUGGAAAACGGUGGACAAGUGUUUUUCCGCGUCGUUCAAACGGUGUGCGAAGCGAUCGAAGAUCACCAUGGACGGCUGACACCGCACGUGUAUGAUGCAUCGGAUUUUAAUCGUAACCGUGUUAAGUAUGGCCAGCAGAUCUCGUUCGGUAGCCAUUUUGAUGAGCGCACGGGACCAAAGUUUGGCGAUGUGAUUGACGCAAAGGUGCUGCAGGAUUUGCUUCAGGAUAUGGGCAGCACCGAUGGUGUGGAGGUACAAGUUCAAGGUGGUGAUGCAAAAGGUCCGAGUGGGGAGGUUAAAGCUCAGGGUGGGGAUGCAAAAUCAGCAAAACGCUACCGCAAGCGAGACGAGCGCGGCAGUUUAGAUUCCAUCUCCAGCGUCAGCAGUGCGAACUCAAUGCUGACGAUUUCAUCAAGCGGUGACAAUGACGAUCGUAGCCGUCAGCGUCCACGAAGCCCGUUGAACGGAGGACGGCAGCGUGCUGUUCAGCGAAGCUUACAUUCUGGCCCACCGGAAAGGCAGCUGAUACCGACGCCACGGGAAUUGUCGCAGCAAUCGGCAGCGAUUGCACACGAACGGUACAAGUGGGAAAAGUAUCGCUGCUCGGUCGACAUAGCCGUGACUCAGCUAACGAAGCAACUGAAGGACUACGAAAAGAAUCCGGAAAAGCAUCCGCUGUAUUCGGAGGAGUGGAAAAAGUUCUGGAACCGACGGUACAAAGAGCUGCAGGCGGAAAAGAAGGAUCCGCAAAAGCACAACUUCAAACCGGAAUGGAUCGAGUUCUGGACAAAGCGCAUGAAGGAUUUGCACGAGGAGGAUAUCGCCCGGAAGAAGGAAGAGAUACGCAUGAAGAUGAAUUUACCGGUGGAGGGCGAAGAACGGACGGAUGAGCUGCGAGAGCAGUACGUCCUGCGGGUUCCGCAGGCGAAGCGCGCCCGUACGGGCGAUCCGAAGGCAGGUACCGUUGAAGCUCCGAUUCUGAUCGACGUGAAUUCUGACGAGGAGGAAGACGACUACAAAGGUGGUCAACCGAUGAGAAGAAGCAAACGUUCACCCAGAACAUUAUCGCGGCACCACGACUAUCCAAGAAAGCGAUCCACCUCCCGCUCCCAUCGAUCUCGUAGUCCUAUCAGUGACGAUAAUGAUUAUGAUACGUACUCAAGAAGCCGUUCGCACCGAGUACCUCCUAAGGAUUAUCGCGGAGAGCGGUCUGGCGAUAGCAGCAAACAUCGUGGGCCUCCGCCAGAGCGGGUAGACUACGAUGAAUGGGCCAAGAAUUAUUACGGUCCCAACAAGAAAGUAUUCGUACGGACGGAGUUCGAUGCGGAUAACACAACACCGCUCAAUUUUAUUGCAGUCUGCAGGUUGCUGACGGCGUUCGAGGAGUACCUGGGAAGCCUCGGACCGAAGGUGAUCGAUUUGCUGGCGAAGGCGCUUGCUCUGGAGAAGGUGAAGGCUAAUUCAGCCGACGAUCUGCUACUGAACGAGGACAACUGUAUGUUUCUGGAGACGGUAAAAGAAAAGCUGAAGGGUCACAUGAUGGCCGAAACGAUUGAUCCACCGAAAAUCGUACCGAUCAAAAAAGCCGUACGAAACAUUGCGCGACUGCUGCACGAGGCUUCCAAACGUGAACAACCAGAUAAAGCACCGGAAGAAGAACUGUCUCGCGAUUCGCUGCCCGCAAGCGAGGUGGCUGCAGUGCCGACGACAACUUCAUCAGCUGCGAGUGGAACAAACCUCGACAAGCUAGCGGUAGCCGAGCAACUGGCAAAGUUGCUUGUUGCUCAGGGUAAGGCCGAUUUUACCACUGAAGAGCUGGAAGAGCUGAUCAACGUGUACGUCGCCAUGGCGCAGAUGUCACGGGAGCGAAACACAAUCAUUAAUGCGAAAAGUUAUAUGGCAGCACUGCCACAACCUGCCGUUUCGUCGGCACCGACAGAGGUAUCACCUGUGGCAGCAGCUCCAGCUGCACCAUCGAAAGCACCGGUGGUGCCUGAACGUGCCCGUCCGGAGGCUUCUAGUUCUCGUGGAACAGCAGCUCGAUUGAACGAAAAGAAGAAUGAUAUCCCAGUGCGUACUGGGAACUUUUCCUCUGCCAUGCCGAUUAUGGACGAAGAAAAUUCUUCGCCAGGACCUCUCGAGAAUCUGACCGACUCGGAUCUGCAAACGUUACUGCAGAGCUUCAAGGAUCUUUCGAAUGACGAACAGAUGCAUCUCAUAUCGUACCUGCGGAAACUGGAGCGUACUGAACCAGACCGCGUUGAGCUACUGCGUCGUUAUGUGAAUUUCGAUUCCUUCAACAACCCGCCAGUUGGAGAUGGAAGAAACAGCAGAGGUGAUAACGGAAACAGACGAGAUGUCGAUAACCGGCUGUCGGAUAUAGAUGAACUCAGCUAUACGGGGCACGACGAUGAUUCUAGUUACGAUAUGUUCCGACCCUCUGGACCCACGACGACUACUGGUGGUCGAAACCCAGUACAGAUGCCAUCGUCCAAUAAUGCCGGACAGCAAAGACUAACCUCUCAACGUCCACAACAACAGCAACAACUGCAACAGCAGCAGCAGCAGCGGCAAAAGAUUACACAGCAGCAGUCAAUACCGCCACAGAAGAAACCGAACACAAUGAUCGUAGAUUCGGAAGACGAAGACGAUUACUCUUACGACGAUAUUUUGCGAGCGGCGUCGAAGAACGUAUCCACGAUACCGCAGCAGCCGAGGUCAAAAUCUCCAACCGAUGCGUACGACACCAGCUCUAAUCAUUCGCAGCGAACAAAUUCGAACAAUGAUGCAGGAAGUGGUGGCCCAGGCUCUGCUGCUAUCUCCCUGACGGACACACAGAAUUUAAUCGCAAACUUGAUGGAAUCGCUUCAAAAAUCCGUUUCCGAUGCCAACAGCCAUAAACCGUCGGGUACGGGUAGUGGUGCAGGAGGGACUAGUAACUAUACCAACCCGAUCACGACGAUCGGUACUCCGGGCAGUGAAGGUUCUGCAACAUCCAUACCCGGCAAGGUCUCAAAUCCCUCGUCCAACCCAUCCGCAAUGUAUCCGUCCUUCCCACAGCAACAAGGACAAGCAGGGAUGGGAAUGCUCUACGGUCAGGGACAACAACCGAUGGGUCAUAUGCAGGGAACGCCAGGGCAAAUGCAACCGCAAUUUGGCGGUCAGUUCAUGUAUCAGGGACAAAUGUUCGGUGGGAAUGCAGCUGCACAGCAGCAGAUGCAACAGUAUGGAUACGGUAACUAUGGUUACUAUUAAAGCAAGAGAAGUACGGUGGUCCCUGUCGCUAGCGAAUGGAACACUUCUUGCUGGCAUUUUACUACAAGCUGCAGUUUUAUGUUGUGGCUUUGUUUAAGAGAUUAAGUUUUUGUGAAAAUAAAUGAAACUACAAGUGAAAGCUACGGAUAUUCUACAAACCAAUAACUUGGGUCCGAAAGGUAUCGGGAGUAUGGAGUUUU